AUGACGAAGAAGAUGAAUGUUGGACUAAUGAUAGCUGAACAUAACGAGGAGAAUAGGAUAGCUGAACAUGACGAGGAGAAUGUUAGACUAAGGAUAGCUGAACAUUACGAGGAGAAUGUUGGACUGAGGAUAGCCGAACAUGACCAGGAGGAGAAUGUUGGACUGAUGAUAGCUGAACAUGACGAGGAGAAUGUUAGACUAAGGAUAGCUGAACCUUACGAGGAGAAUGUUGGACUGAGGAUAGCCGAACAUGACCAGGAGGAGAAUGUUGGACUGAUGAUAGCUGAACAUGACGAGGAGAAUAAUGUUGGACUGAGGAUAGCCGAACAUGACCAGGAGGAGAAUGUUGGACCAAGGAUAGCUGAACAUGAUGAGGAGAAUGUUAGACUAAGGAUAGCCGAGCUUAACGAGGAGAAUGUUGGACUGAGGAUAGCCGAACAUGACCAGGAGGAGAAUGUUGGACUAAGGAUAGCUGAACAUGACGAGGAGAAUAAUGGCGGACGGAGGAAAGCUAAACAUGACGAGGAGGAGAAUGGUGGACGGAGGAUAGCUAAACAUGACGAGGAGGAGAAUGGCGGACGGAGGAUAGCUAAACAUGACGAGGAGGAGAAUGGCGGACGAAGGAUAGCUAAACAUGACGAGGAGAAUGGCGGACGAAGGAUAGCUAAACAUGACGAGGAGGAGAAUGGUGGACGGAGGAUAGCUAAACAUGAUGAGGAGAAUGGUGGACGGGGGAUAACUAAACAUGACGAGGAGGAGAAUGGUGGACGGAGGAUAUCUUAA